CGCGCAUGCGCACAUCGAAAAAGAAAGCAGACUUCGGAGCGCUUAACAAUUUUAGCUAAAUAGUUUGAUGGCGGUGAUUUUUAUAAUUUAAAUAAAGAUGUCCAAAGCGCCUGUACAGGCCAAUGCAUCGGCAGGCAACGUUGGACCUUCAUCCUCCUCCUCUUCAUCACCGCCUUUGUCUUCUCCCGCCAACGCUCUGCACGCGCAAACCGAGAAACCGCAGCACUACACAUAUCUGAAGGAGUUCAGGACGGAGCAGUGUCCUCUGUUUGUGCAGCACAAGUGCACCCAGCAUCGGCCCUUCACCUGCUUCCACUGGCACUUCCUGAACCAGAGACGGAGACGGCCUAUCCGCAAGCGGGACGGCUCAUUUAACUACAGCCCCGAUGUUUACUGCGCCAAGUACGACGAGGGCACAGGCACCUGCCCCGACGGAGAUGAAUGUCCUUUCCUGCACCGGACAGCGGGAGACACAGAGCGGCGCUACCACCUGCGCUACUAUAAGACCGGCUCCUGUAUUCAUGAGACGGAUACGAAAGGCCACUGCAGUAAAAAUGGCCCCCACUGUGCCUUUGCUCAUGGCUCUCACGACCUGCGAUGUCCCGUCUAUGAUAUCAGGGAGGUCCAGGCUCUGGAGGCUCAGACUGGAUCCGGUUUGAUAGAGAGCGGAGCCAGUGAUGGACAGUCUGGAUUAGUGGCCAGCGCUGCUCUUAUAGAGAGGACGCUGAGUGAGGAGCCGCGAUGGCAGGAUAAUAGCUACGUGUUGUCACACUAUAAGACCGAGCUCUGUAAAAAGCCUCCUCGUCUGUGUCGCCAAGGUUACGCCUGCCCGUACUAUCACAAUAGCAAAGACCGCAGGCGCUGCCCUCACAAGCACAAAUACAGAGCCUUGCCGUGUCCCUCAGUGAAGCACAGUGAUGAGUGGGGUGACCCGAGUAAGUGUGAGAGCGGCGAGAGCUGCCAGUACUGUCACACACGUACAGAGCAGCAGUUCCACCCCGAGAUCUACAAAUCCAGCAAAUGCAAUGAUAUGCAGCAGAGUGGCAGCUGCCCCAGAGGGCCUUUCUGUGCUUUCGCCCACCUCGAGAAAAUGAGUGUGAGUGAGGAUCAGCCUUUCCCAGAGUGCAGCUCUUCUCCCUCCUCAGCCCUCACUUCAGGAGUCACAGACAACACAGAGCAAAGCCUUCUGGGAAGGAUUCUGUAUGAAGAGACCUCCAUUUUGGAUCCCCUCAAUUCCAUCUGGGCAGGAGAGGGGGGUUAUGGGAAAGCGCCGGGCUUUGAGCGGGAGGAUCAGGCAAAACAGAAGACGUAUGCAAUGGAACAUCGCAAUAAAGAAAUUGGUUUACAUAGCAAGCCGGAGCUGUCUGUGUUCCUCCCGGUGGGCAGCCCCCUCAGUCUGUCGUCCAGCGUGCCCUCCAGCCUGGCGGCGACUCCUCCCAGCCCCGCGCCUUCAUCUAGCAUGAAUGCCAACGCACUGCCGUUCUACCCCACCAGCGACACCGUGGAGUCUGUAGUAGAGUCUGCACUGGAUGAUCUGGACCUGAAUGCGUUUGGAGUGUCAGCUCUGGAGAAAAGUCUGGAGAGCAGCUCCAUGCCCAGCAUGGGACUCAUGUUAGGAGGAAGUCAGCUUCAGAGUUCGGCUCCUGUUAACAUCCCUGGAUCCCUCAGCAGCCCCUCCCCUUUCAGAUCUGCCUCUCCCUCUCCUCCAAUCAGAGCACACGCUUCUCCAUUUCUCUCUGCGCAGUUACCACCACCUACCCAAUCAGAGACCAGCUUUUUGGGACCAUCUCAUAGUUCUUUAGGUCUGAAUGGAAUGAGCAGUAGUAUCUGGGAGCAUUUUCCCCUGGGCUGUUCUCCCGGGACACCCCCAGCCCUGCUCUCCGCUGGAACCAUGUUCUCCGAAGCCUCCCGUCUCAAACAGGAAGUGGAGGAGGCUCACAGGGUGCUGAAGCACUGGGACCACAGCUGGAGACAGAUGUCUCAGUCAUGGGCAGUGCUAAAGGCUGAUGCUGAAGAGGCUCGGUUGCUGGCGGCCCGGUUGGGUUUGGAGGCGGAGAGAGCGCGCCAGGCUGAAGAGGAGGCACAGGAACAGGUCGCGCUCCUGGAGGAGGCGCUGGACAGCUUACGCAGCUCUGAUAACCCCCGACUACAGCUUCACCAGCUCCAGCUGUUACACAAACUCCCUCUCAGCUCCAUCUGCAGUCUGCAAACUCAGAUCUGCACCUGCUUACGGACGGUGGAACAGGCCGUGUACAGGAAGCAGCGGUUAUGUUGUGUGUCGUGUGAGGAGUUGGGCUCCGUGGCAUUGCCGUGUCAGCACGGUGUGUGUUGUGAACGUUGUGCGGCCUCGGCCGAGUGCCCCGUGUGCUCCGAGCAUCAGCAGAGCCUGAAUCUACCCCAGUCCUAAUCAACAGCCAUAUAAUCUUGAACCAUUCCUUACACUUAGCACUGAACAUCGCUCUGAGCUUUAUCAUCCUCCUCCUGGAGAUUUAGUUCAGUUCCAGCACAAAUCCAACACUCCCGCAGCCAGUUGCAUCAGUUGCACGCAAGUUUGAUCGUAGCCAGGUGUGAAUGUCAAUUGGCACUACAAGAAAAGUUGCACCAAUCAGCAUAAUUUCAGUGUUAAAAAAAAAAGUGUAUAUACAAUCUUGGAUUAAGUCAUCCAGUUUAACUUUCUUUGUUGCUAUUGUUUGAUGAUAAAUUUUUAUUAAAUGGGUUGAGAGCUCCAGUUUCAAAAAAUUGGUUGAUAACCCCAUGCACAAAUUGAUGACAUGCAAGAAAAUGUUGUGUUAUAAAUUUUAUCGUAACACAAUAUCUGUUUUGAUUGUUUCAUUUACAUUAAAAUCUACUUAAUCUGACGUAUGUAUUUUACUUAAACAUCCCUUAUGUAUCAUGGCAGUGUUGAAUUCUCAAUUCUGACUGGUCGAAAAGUGUUGAUUAAUUUUCUACAACAGCAGCUCUGACAGUAGUUCAAGCUCCAAAUCACAGAUUUAUAUUAAUGCUCUUGUUCUAGUAAGUCGUUACCGUUUCUGUAGUAACAAAUUACACAGGGACUUGUAUGGAGUACUCGCCAUAUAAACUGUUUUUUGGUGUUUUUUUUUUUUUUUUUUUUGUUUAACAUUUUUGGAAGGAGUCGUCAGUGUUAGUGCAUUGUAAGAAUCAGCGAUAAAACUGUAACUUCAGCAGAGAAAAAAAGAGAGGCUGGUUAGAAAAUAACUUUAUUUGAAUUAAGGAUAGAUUUAAGACCCUGAAUUACGGCUAAAUUUAAGUGUGACUGGUGCAUCUGGCUGCUUUUUCAGAUACAUGUUUAGAUGUAACAAUAAGAUAAAUUAGGGUUAUAAUUAUGCAGUUUCUAGGGUUAUCACUUUGUAAGCUUUUUGCAGGAAGCUGGAUCUCCAGGGGAAGGUUUGAAAUGGUCGAGUAAAACUUUUUACCUCAGCUUGUAGUUCUCAUACACAGACACUCCCUGAUCUUUAGAAACAAAUACGGGCAAAAAUGAACAAUAUGACCGUUUAAAAUGCACUGUCAGAUCCACAACAGUGACAGACUUUCUGCACUGAUUUUUUACCUUACUUCUAUCUAACACUACUCUUCAAACCUCUCAUCUUUUCCCAAAUCCUUUUCUUUUACUCAAUGAGCUCGUUUUAGAGACAUCUGGACUUAUGUUGGAUAAGUUAUUAUUACGCUAUAAUGUGUCCUGCUUUCAUGCCUGCAAUCAGACGUGCUCCUGAACAAGGGGCACAACAUUUAAACCACACACUCUCAGAAAAAAAAUUAGUAUUAUAGUACCCUUUUGUACCUUUAAUGUGUAUCUUUCAACUUUGAUAGUGUACCAUUAAAAUUGAUUUAAGAUACUUCAGUGUUUUUUGAGUAAAGCUUUAAAAGAUAAAAGAUACGUACUAAAGGUGUAAAAAAUAAGGUACAGAAGGAAAGGUACCAUUUAGUACCCUUUCACUGAGAUGUCACAAUGUCGAUCUCAUGGGCAGCUCUCCAUUCAUUCACCUUCUAAUGCACUUUUUUGGGUGCAACGAUUUGUAUUGUCUGAAUUCUCAGUAUUUCUUGGAUAGUGCACCAUAAAUCUAGGGUACACAUGGGUACCACAAUGCGUAGAGAUUUCUUUCAACUCAAAAUGUAUUGGUCAAAAUAGACACCAAAGCAGCUGACUUUAUAUAUCAGUAUAAAUUUAAAAAAAAUUAAAAACUAAUAGAAGCUUUUUAGUUGCAUGUUUAAUGCAAAAAAAAUCACUUUUAAUACUUCUGUAUUUUUAUAAUAAGCAAAUUCUUUAUUUAUCCAGUCCAGUGUCUUCUCACUGCUGCCCCCUGUAGAGUGCUCUAUACAGAACAGUAAAUAGUGAAUGAAUGAGUCACAAAGCGAUUUCAGACACAGCACACGAAAGUUGCAGAAUUCGAGUUCUUUUCAAGUGCCAGUUCUUUCACCGUUUGAAGUUUAUCGUCAGAUGAAGACAGUGGGGUCAGACUCCAGGGCCACAUCGUGCACAGUUUAGCAUUAUAUCUCAUUUAACACACCUAAUUUAACACAGAACCAAGGACGAAUUUGGUGUGUUAGAAGACGAUCACACAGAUCUCCAGGGCUUUCGCUUUCCCCUCUCUAAAGUUUGUCUUUACACCAAUCUGAGAUCUGCUCCUCUUCUCCCUUCUUCUACACACACACAUACUUACUUAUAUAUGGCUGUUGGCUAGAACCGGGUUGUUUCUUUUCAGAAGCCCAGAAGAAAUUGACUAGUGGUAAUUUUUUUUUUAAACUGAAUUUUCAAUAUUAUCAUAAAAAGAAAAAAUGGUGGGAUUGUGGGAACAAAAAUAUCAGCCAUAUGAAUGUUUAUCAUCAGCACUGUAUUAUUUCAACUCGUAUUUCCAGUCCAUUGAUCUGCUUUUCAUUUAGAAAUCGAAGUUUUUGUAAAAAUAGAAUUUGCCAGAACACACAGAUUUUCCAGGCGGAUCAGGAAAUGUCAGAACAACCAAUCGGAUUAUUUCACGGAGAUUGAGAUUAACAAUACAGUGUGUGAAUGUGUUACUGGGUGAAUGUUCGGGAUGCACCAGUUGGAUAUGGGGUACUGAUAUGAGACCGAUAUUUGGAUCGCUGUUGGAUCAGAUUUGACAAAUUUUUCUAAUGCUGUGAAAGUGUGGGUGGUUGACUGACCCCACACAGAUAAUAAUGUAAUUAUAUAAGGCACAAACUGUCUUUAAAGUAGCUCUGAGCUCAGAAUGAGAUUUGUAAAUAGUUACCUGUUUUUAGGUGGCCGAGUCAGAUUGUUUAGGUUGGUGUUUGGGUUGCAUUUGUUAGCACAGUGUGCAUGUUAUAACCGAGACUUUCUCAGUACCUGUGUAUAAAGCAGAUUUGGAAUGAGUUCUGUUAGUCACUAAACUCCACAGUUUAUGCAAAUUAUUGGAAGGUCACAUGAUUUUUGAUUAUAGUUUGGCUGCUGUUUAAAUAAAUCAGCGAGUAUUGCGACUAUGCAAAUCAAGACUCACACUUGCGUUGACCCUUGACCAAUGCGAGCUAGUUUUCCAAUUUUAUCCAGAAGACGUGGGUCCAUUUCCAAAUUGCACGCUCAUCUAUUUUCAUACAGCCUAGCAUUUGUAAUAAUGGAUGUUACUAACCCAUUAAGGUAGUAUGUUAGGCAAAAAAAAAAAAAAAAAAAAAAAAGUCAGAGACCACCAUUUUGUUUGGCCAUUCAGUACUUAGUGUUAAUUAUUUGUAGGCAAACAGUUAUGAUGGGAAAAUGUAGAGAACAUUAAUUCCAUUUUAAAUAAAACAGCCAUACAGUGUUUGUUUAUGCAGGUCAAUAUUACAUAUAAAAUAUUUAUUAAUUUCGUUCUGUUUUUAGUGUUGAAGACGGUGUGAUUUAGGAACAAUUACAAUAAUGAACAAUAAUGAUGGGAAAAUGUAUUUAAUAGAAACUCACACAAAUGUCUUCAACAGUAAAAAUAAUAUGAAAUCUGUAAAUAUUUUAUUUGUAAUAUUCUAAUAUGUAAUAUUGGCCUAAAUAAAUAAAUACUGCGUGGCUGUUUGAAUGAAAACGAAAGGGCGGUGUCUGACUUCUGCACAGUUCUGCUCAUUUCAUAAAGCAUUUUAUUUAUAAAAUAAGUAAGGAAAACAUUUGGGGGUGUGCGGUUAUAAGAAAAUAAUCAGUGUGAUGCAGCCGCUCAGAAGCUGAUUAUUUUCUCAUAACAGCAUGUCCUGAAGUGUUUUUUUUAUCCUCCUAUAUCACAGCAAUUUGUUAAAGAAUGACGUGUCAUACUUUUUAGGUUUAUACUUGUUGUGGAAUGUUAGCAAAACAAGUUAUAUAUCUUGCUAUUGAACUACUGUCAGAGUUGUGGUUAUAGCAAACACAUUUCUAACCUUCUGGCCAAUCGGAUUUGAGAAUUCUUCAGCGCUGUGGUAAAAAUAUAAUUGAUAAAAUGAUUUAAUAUUCCAUAGUCAGAGCUACAGAAGCUCUCAGAGAUCAGACUUGAUUAUUCAUCUCAACCUGUUCCAAGAGCUGUGAUAUCGGUAUCAUAUCAAAAUCGGGAAUACUUGGUGCAUCUCUCUCUAGGAUAUUUUCUGAAUGAAUAUUCAUGGUGUGCUUAAUUUGUCUACACAGAUCUGGGAUUUCAUUUGAUAACGCUUUAAAUGUCUUCACUUCAUGAAGCAGUAUAGCAUUACUGAAAGCUAUCUUACGUUUUCAAGCUUUUGACUUGGUUUGGUAUUUUGUGUGGACAGGUGUCUAAUAGUGAAGUUUGAUUUAGCGUCCUUUGCACUGACUCCGCCCACCCGCUAGAGUACAACGUAGAAACAUGGAGUGUGAGACUGCACAGCCACUUUGGAUAAACUGGUAUCAUGUAGGGAUGAGUGGAGUGGUGAUUAAGACCAGGUCUAGCUACACAUUCCUUAGUUUCUGUCAUGAAGGGCUGCUACACAGAGUAGUGUUUUCUCGCUAAUAAAGCUUAAUUCAGCUCAUCAGGAGAUCAGCAGCUGGUGAGAUGAAAUCACGCUGGAGCUGUGCAAAGAGUUUACACUCAACUCCUUUUUAAGCUUUUCAGAUCAGAGCUUCACUGUGAGGUCUGUAAUUGUCUGCUCGAAACCAUUCAGUAUUUCAUUCUGAUUUUCUACAAAACAAUAAACAAAUGUAUAUUUUUGGAUUAA